AUGGACCUUCCUGCCUCCCACUCUCCCUCGGGAAGGGCCAACAAAAGAAAGCGAGAAUCACUAGAUUCAUAUGAGAAGCCAGUUGGGACGCCAGUAAGCACCAAACAAGUGACAAACUCUUCGAAACAAAUGCCACCGGGCGAGAUAAAGACAACCUCGAUGGGUGCGGCCUGUUCCCUAACCAGUGAUUUAACCCAAAUCCUGCAAAAGAAACCCGCUUUAGCAUCCUCCACUGUUGACCUCCUGGACCUCUAUUUGUGCCUAUGGGAGUGUUACAUGAUCAAGUCCGCCGGCAAAAUACGCUUGGAAGAGGAACGUCGUUUCCUACAAGACUCCAACCAAUGGCUGGUGGGAGAGAAUGAGAAGCUCCAAGAAUGCUGUAAUAACCAGGAGCUGCUGCUGUGGGAUCGUCGUCAGGCCUUCGACUCUAUACAUCAGGGUAUUCUCGGAACAUUGGAGAAUAGUGAUAGACGCUAUUGUUAUAUAAAUGAGGUGCAGUGA